CUCGAUGGAUUUCCCAGCCGACGCCCGGCCCAUUUCGACAUUCUCCAUGGUUGAGUCGGUGACUAGAUCACGGAUGUUGUCCCUGCCGCCGCUCCAGCAAGUCACACCGCAAUGGCUUUUCAAUCGAUUGCAGACGCAGGGAGGCCUCACCCUCGUCGACACGCGCGGGUUUAAGUGCUACGAGCACAGUCACAUCUGGUCGUUUAUCAACUUGCCGCAGCCGUUGCAGACCGCCUCCGCUUCAACGCCCAUCUUCCUCUCGUCGUUGGACGGCGUGUGCCCCUUGCCCGACUCUGCCCAACGAUCGUGGAACAAACGCAAGCUCACAGACGUCAUCGUGUAUGACCACUUUGGCAUGUACACGCCGUCGUCAUGGUCCAUGCACCUCGCGACGCUCUUGGUUCAAGAACGCAUCGUCACUUCCGUUAAGUUACUUCGAGGAGGCAUGCAAGCGUUUCAGCGCGACUACCCUUUCAUGAUCACAGGACGCAAGGACUCGCAUCCAGUGCCUGCGCUAUCAACUCCUGUCAAGACAACAGUCGUCGUCGACACAUUACCUCGAAUUGAUCGAACCGCCGACGAAACCUCCCAGGCGACGACGACCCAUGCCCUCACGUUUCCGAACGACAUCGUGCCAGGGUUCCUGUAUCUCGGCAACGUGUGGCAAGCAUCCCAGCCAGAGAUACUCCGCAAAAUGGGCAUCACACACGUCCUCUCUGUGUGCGAGAUCGCUCCUUCCAACCCAAUGCCGCGCAUCACGUACAUGACGGUGUCCCCAUCAUCACUUUACGAAUCGUUUGAUCGCUGCUACGUGUUUCUGAAGAAGGCGCGCAAAACUGGUGGCAAGGUCUUGAUCAACUGCGUCAGCGGCGUGUCUGCGUCUCCAACGCUCGCAGUGUACUACCUCAUGCGUUCCGAGCGCAUCUCCCUCGUUCAAGCGUACAACGACGUCUUGGCAUGCCGUCCGCUCAUGUUUCCCAGCGUUGCAUGCAUGUUUAUGCUCGUCGAAUCCGAGUUGUGCCGAUGCGGUGUCGCGAGCAUCCAGAGCACGGAAGCGAUGGACGCGCUUCAGAGUGGCGCACUCAACGACGACAGGCCGUGGCAGCCGCAAGUGAAGUUAUCCACGCAGCUUUCCAUGUUUUUCCUCGGUCGGUGCAACGAUCGGUACGUCCAGGAUAACAUGGCGCUGUUGUUUGGCGACCGAGUGACCCGGCAGUCGUCUUGCGUGCUGGGGCAAUAGAUGAAGUUUUUUAUUUAACACGCCAAGUAAUAUUUAUAGUACUACUGUACC